UUGUGGACGACUAGAUUCGCUCGAAGCAAAUCGCAAAGAAUUUUUCUAAGUCCGUGUAAACAGUGCAAGCGAACUGUCAAAAAUGAACACUCAGUUCAUUUGUGACGUCACCGUAAAGUAUUCACUGGAAAAGAAUCGAUUAUUUUUUGAUAAAUUAUCGAUCCGGCAAGUUAUCUUCGGACAUCACUAGCGCGAUGAGUGACAGUUGUUGAAAGAAACAAGCGGCGGCGUACAAAAAUGCUUUUGCAGUGAAAAAUAUUAGGCUUUGUUUUUGGAGUGAUUUUUGGCGAAUUAUUCGUAAUUACUUCAUCACAAAAGUAUUUAUCCGUUAGGAUGACUGUCGACGGUGAAAAUAAAAUUAAAUCCGAGCGUCGCAGCCAGGAUGAGGACGACAAUUUUGCGAAUCAAAACAGCAGCAGCUUAGGCACUCCGGCAAAAGAAAGCGGUGGAAGGGCUCGAACUAAAGGCAAGCUGUUUGUCGAAAAGGGCAAAGCUAGUUUCUUGCAGGAUUUGCUGCAGUUCCACGAGAAAAAUGGCACGCCUUGCGUACGUAUGCCGAAGAUAUGUGGUCGCGAUGUUGAUUUGCAUAAGCUCUACUCAAUCGUCAUUAGCCGGGGUGGUUGGCUAAAGGUUAAUGCCCGUGAGGACUGGGACGAAGUGAUCGACGAAAUGAAACUUCCUAAACGCUGUGUUAAUAAUGAGAUUGCUAUAAAACAGAUCUAUAUACGCUUCCUAGAUAGAUACGAGCGGGUGAAUUUUCAUGGGGAAGAAAAGGAUCCGGCCGAUGAGGAAGACGAGGAGAAAAGACACAACCGACGGUGGUCAGCUCGUAUGCUGCACUCUGUACCAGCAGUUUAUAAUCAUGCUCAACACAACAUACCGGAAGGGAUGAGAGCAUCAUUGAAUUUGUCCUGUGAUUUGUUCAAACCAACGGAGUACGACAAAUUAAUGCUGUCGCUGUUGUCACCCUUACCGAAUGAACAGGAUUUCGCCAUAAACGUUUGUACGCUGAUGUCGAAUGAAAGUAAACAUACGUUGAAAGUGGACAAGUGCCCGAAAUUAGUUCAGGUUUUAUUGGCGCACGGUGGCGUAUUUAAUCACUACACUCUUCGAGAUAUGUUCCAUGUGUAUUACGCAAAUAUCAGGAAGAAUUCAUUGCAACGUUUUUGGAAGGACAGUCUUUUUGAAAAACCGCAGGUGCUGGAGUUGUCCUACGAGGACUGUUUUCAGAAGUUGGAACGAGAUCCAACCGAGUUGAUCAAGAGCAUCUACGACGAUGAUCACAGCAAAACUCUUGAUGAUGAAGAUUGUGGCAAGCUGAACAUGGCGACAUUGAGAGGUUUUCUAAGUUUGGGUUCUGGCUUAGGAACAAACGAUUACAUAGGACAGAGAGUACAGCAAAUUGCAUCAAUAUUUAGAAAUUUGAGUUUCAACGAAGAAAAUGUCAUAGUUUUGGGAGCAAAUCGGCCGUUUUUAAGAUUUCUGAUUAUGUGUGCUAAUGCCCGGUGGAACAAUCUGCAUCAUAUGGGCUUGGAUAUGCUCGGUAAUGUAGCAACAGAAAUUGAUAUCAAUGAUCCCCAGGUGGACGAGAUUACUCGAUGUUUGCUUUCAACAAUUUCAGAAGGUUUAGAGGGAGCAGAUCGUGGAGUUAUCAUCAGUUGUUUGGAAAUUUUAAGCAAAAUAGCACAGAAAGAAAGCAACGAGGAAAAUCUUACCCGAUGCUUGAAUCAAACGGUGUACGAUCAAAUUUGUCUGUUUCUGUCAUUAAGCGACAUAAUGUUGCUAUUGUAUACGCUAGAGUGCAUCUACUCGUUAACAUCCAUGGGUGAAAAACCGUGUGCUUCAAUGAUGCACGUAACCGGUAUAAUUGACACAUUGGUGUCUUUAGUAACAGUGGAAGCACAAAGCUACGGGCCUGAUGCCUGCAUACUAAUGCGAGUGGUGGAAACCAUUCCUGGAAAUAUAUCCGGUGGCUAUCCUGGUAAUCCAAAUCAAAAUCCAUCUACAACAAGCCAACCUCAAACAUCCAGUAUGGCUCAAUUGACUGUGCAGCAGAAAGAACAACCAUCAAUUCCUAUACCAGCUAUUCCAGCACUACCGGAGAUCCCGAAAAUACCUGUUCCAACUAAAAUGAGCUCCGUUGGACAAACAAACCCAACAACCGCAAGUGCUCCUCCACCAGUUAGCACACCGGCCAUUCAAGUAACCAGCGUAACUCGUCCGGCCGCUUCUCAAUCUCCCCAGAUACCGGUUAAUAUUAUAAGCCGAGGAGAUGCGACUCCCCCAAAAAUAUCACCUCCACCGGUAACUACUGCAACAGUAUCGCCAGCCCCACCAGGUCCUGUUACGGUUGCGGCAAAACACGCUCAACAGCAGCAGUCCCAGGAAAACGAACAAUUUGCGUACGCUUGGUUGAAGGCAACAUUUGAAACUACUUCUUCCAUGGCGAAUAGACUAGAGCAAGGCGAAGUGUACCGACAGUAUUUGACAGCAAAUGCAAAAAUCGGUCGCAAAGCCGUAGUUCCACAGGCACACUUUCCUCGCUGCAUGAGAACCGUUUUCGGAGGAACUGUUGGACCGAUACAAGUAAAAACCGAGCAUAAUGGAGUUGAAAGCUGCAACUUUUACUACGAAGGCAUCAAGCUGAGACCGAAACCAUCCCCACUAUCCAGCGGGGCACUGCAGAAGGGAACAUCAACGGUGAGUAAAGCGUUUCAUUCUUGUUUUUUGCUGUAG